UGAAUUUCUAGGAAGUCCGAGUAGCCUGUUUGUACCGUUUUUGUUUAGUUUUGAAGUCCGUUAAAUGGAUCUGUGAUAUUUACAAUGAAUCAAAACAGCUUGCUAGGAGCCAACUUAAGAAGAACUUUGAUGUUGUCACCUGGUCAGCAAGAAAUCCCUCCCAAAGUUACUCAAGGGGCAGGAGGCCGUGGUGAGAUGGAUCUAGGUGUCAGUGAGAAGGAAAAAACAGAUCAGGCCUUCAUGAAAGUGUCUUUUGAGAGAUACAUCUCACAGAUCCUAUCUUCCACAGAACUAGAAGCUCAUGAAGAAAGACUGAAAAAAAUUAACGAAGUGGCUCGAAAUCUUUCCAAAGAUGAGUGGAUGUAUCCUUCAAUUGAAAAGCUUCUUGGUAACUGGAAUCAGUAAUUAAAAUCUGAACAAGUUUA